AUGUCGCUCGUUGAUAAUGCUUCGUUAUAUGAUAACGUUCGUGAACCAAUUACUAGUGAUUCCCCAACCUCUGGAAACUCUGCAAUUGCUGUAGAUAAGAUCAGGCUUGAGGAAAUCAUGCCUUAUUUCGAGGAUGAGUACAUUGAAGACGAUCCAGUCAUUCAGCAAGCCAUCCUUAACAAUAGGAAGAGAACAUUCACGGUUCGUAUCAAUCAGUUAAACAAAAUCUUGUCUCAACUUGUCAAACUUUGGGAAGCUCCUUCGCCUCUUCAUUACUACAUAGCCUUCCUCAAGAAGGACAUGAACCCUGACGAAUUACUUCUUACAAUCGAAGAUGUUGACUUCCAAAAGGAAGUUAACAAAGAAGUCAAGUCUCGUACUUCAGCUGCGAGGCGUCCACGCACAAGAAGUGCUCGCAAGCAACUACAAAAGGAAAUAACUAAGAAGGCCCUUGAAGAAGCAAAAAAUACUAAGAAAGAUGAAGAUUCAGACGAUGAUGAAAGCUCUGAUGAUGGAGAUUACUACGGAACCUACGCAACAGGCGAAACAAGUAACCGUGGUUCCCGCGGAAACGUUAAGCGAGCUCGCAAACCUCAAAAGCUCAACAUUCCAUGUCCACCUGAGGUAAAAGAAGAGGAAUGGAACACAUGGAGUGAUGCCCACAAGCAAUCUUACAAGCAGAUGAAGUCCAAUCCUAACUCUUACCUCUACAGAAAUCUUCCACCAGGCGAGAAGCAAAAGAAUGGUCCAUGGAGUCCAGAGGAGCACCGCCUCUUUCUCAAGAGACUCCAUGAGAUCAGAGAGCAAGGAAUCAAUGAAGGCAAGUGGGGCAUUUUCUCUGAAGCAAUUCCAGGCCGUGUAGGAUAUCAAUGCGCGAACUACUACAGAAAGCUUGUUAAGUCAGGCGAAGUUCAUGAUGAAUACUACAGGCAGGAUGAGGACGGCAACCUUCAUUUCAAAGAUCGCCAGUCUUAUCACAAAGGAACAGGCAAUAAAGAAGAUUCAGAGGACAAUUCUGAUUCAGAAGAGGAAUCUGCUCCAGAAACAAAUGUCAUCGGUUUCUAUGAAAAAAUGGCCCAAAAGAAUCCAAUCAAGAAUAAGCAGGACUUCAUUACAGGCGAAACAAUCCAGGUACCUGCUAUUUCUCCUGAUGGAACUGUCCUUGAUUACAAUACAUGGUUACACCUCUUGACAACAACAAAACAAGAUCCAUUCACUCUCAGGAAGAUCAAUAAGAGAUUGAUCACGAUCAUUACAACAGAGAACUACAAUGAGUUCAAGAAUAAGAUCAAGCACAUCUAA